AAAUAAUUCAAUGCUCAGAUGCCAUUGCUGAAACCAGUUCCUCCUAAUGUUCCUAAGAAAAAGGUAGCUCCACGUACUGCACUCCUCUCUUCACUCUUUAUCUUCACCAAAAAGUUAAGGAGGGCUUCAUCUCAGCUCACCAGGACACAGAUAAGGAUCUUCUACCUAAGCAGAAGUCCAGACGAGCAGAACAGCAGGUGUGUCCUUGAACUUUGAGCAGAGAUGGGGGACUGGAGUCUUCUUGGGAAUUUCCUUGAAGAGGUCCAGGAGCACUCCACUUCAGUCGGCAAGGUCUGGCUCACCAUCCUGUUCAUCUUCCGCAUCCUGGUGCUGGGCACGGCGGCAGAGUCCUCUUGGGGCGACGAGCAGAGUGACUUCCUGUGCGACACUCAGCAGCCCGGUUGCACCAACGUGUGCUACGACAGCGCCUUUCCCAUCGCCCACAUCCGCUACUGGGUGCUGCAGAUCGUGUUUGUCUCCACGCCCUCCCUCAUCUACAUGGGCCACGCCAUGCACUCUGUGCGAAGGGAGGAGAAGAGAAGGAGGAUGGAGCAGGAGGAGAGGGAAGCGAGGGGGGAUGAUGGAGAAGACCUACAGAAGGAGAAGGAGUACCUCCAGCAUAAGGAGACUGCACCUGUGGGAACCGGUCGUGUUCACCUAAAAGGAGCCCUGCUUUACACUUACAUCCUGAGCAUCAUGAUCCGAACAGUGAUGGAGGUGACCUUCAUAGUGGUGCAGUAUCUAAUCUACGGGGUGUUCCUCAAGGCGCUGUACCUCUGUAAGGCCUGGCCCUGUCCCAACCCUGUGAACUGCUACAUGUCCCGGCCCACAGAGAAGAACGUCUUCAUCGUCUUCAUGCUGGUGGUAGCUGGCGUGUCUCUUCUGCUGUCUGUGUUGGAGCUCUACCAUCUCAGCUGGAAGAGCAUCAAGAAGUGCGUACGUAACAAGAUGAUGCAAAAGAACAACCACAGAACCAUGACGGUGGCUGUUUCAACAGUCUUGGAAUCCAAGAACCAGCCUCGACCUUCUGCCUCCUGCACCCCACCUCCUGACUUUGAUCACUGUCUGACCACGCCAGGAUCCAUAAACCCCAUGACCUCCAUUGCCUCCCACCCCUUCAACACAAGGAUGGCGCUGCAGCAGAACUCGGCCAACCUGGCAACUGAGCGGCACCACAGCUGUGACAACCUGGAGGACGAGGAGGACUUCCUGAGAAUUAGAUUUGAGCAGGCGCCUGCAGACCUUCCCAACGGCUGUUCUCCGCUGCUGCAUUCAGGCUUCCUGAAGGACAAACGGCGCCUGAGCAGGACCAGCGGCACCAGCAGCCGGGCACGGCAAGAUGACCUGGCAGUAUAGGUCCAGCGAGGAGAAAGCAAACGGGCCAAAGAGAACCAAAGAGUGAUGACAGAACUGUGACUUACAAACACCACUCUAAUGACUUGCAAAAGUUUGGACACCACUUAAACUUUUUACACGUUUAUUCAUAUUACAACCACAAACUUUCAAUAUAUUUCAUUUACAUUGUUAGUGAAGAACCAACACAAAAUCAGUCAUCACACGCCUUUUAAGCCUGAUAGUUAUUCCUAAAAGACAAUCUGGUCGUGAGUGCAGGCAUUCUAUGCAAACUCUGAGGAAACUCUUCCAAUGAUAAAAAGAGUUCACAUUUAAAGAAACACUCAGAUCUGUGGAAGGACUACAUCAACUUUAUAUACGAAAGUUUUCUGAACAGAUGAUCAGGUGUGUUUAAAUGUUUAACAAACUGCAAACAUAAAUUAACAAGAGCAGGGCAGCAGGUGUGGCACCUGUCUAUUGCACAUGGUUUGCUGUUUUUGAAACCAGAAAGAAAGGGGGACAUGAUGCAUAAUUGGAUCUGUGUGGAGAAGGUGGGAGCUAAUUUAUUUGAAAUCAAAUAAAUCAAACACACCUCAUUUAUUUCCUGAAUUACAUUUCCUCCUUUGAUUUAAGUACAGCAUUUUUCCAACCCCAGCACUAUGGGAUCCCGUUAAUACAAUAAGAAAGAUUGAAAGCAUUAACUGUGAACAUUUUUUAUAUUUGCAUGAAAAUACAAAAGUGCCUUGAAAGGAUAUGGAGGAAUUUUAUUUCUUUAGUACAAAUCAUCUUAUAUGUCUCUUCUACUAAAUCAAUUGCACUAAACUUUGAGGCAAAAAAGACACAAUAAAAUAGAAAAAUAAUAGCUUUAUAUGUGUGAGAAAAACUGUGGCCUAUUUCCUUUAUGUUAGUGUGCAAGCGUGAUGUGAGAAUGUAGCCUCUUGUUUUGUACUUUUAAAUAUAUUCAAAGUUUGAAUUUGAAAGAAUUGGUCCUGCCGAGAUAUAGCGUAAUGAGCAGGUUCAGCCACUAGGUGGCGAUAAUGCACUUAUGUUUUUCAGAUUGUCCUGAAUAUAUUGUUUAAAUAGUCAUUCUAAUGCAACAUGUUUGAUUUCUUGUUUUUCAAUGUAUUUUAUUUCUUAGUUUAGUUUCAAACCAUAAUGAGAAUAAUUGUACAAAUUCAUAAAUAUCUUUACAGUCGGACAUUUGAAGAAGAUCAAAUAGGAUUUAGUGCAUUUUCUUUUGUUCUGUCACAUAUUCUGUAGCCUACAACAAACCAAUAAACUAUCAUCCGUAAAGUGUA